AAAUGGGGGGCAACCAGACUUCUGUCACAGAGUUCCUCCUGGUGGGAUUCCCGCUCAGCCCGAGAAUGCAGCUGCUCCUGUUUGGGCUCUUCUCCGUGUUCUAUGCCUUCACCCUGCUGGGCAAUGGGGUCAUCCUGGGGCUCAUCUCACUGGACUCCAAACUGCACACCCCCAUGUACUUCUUCCUCUCCCAGCUGGCCACUGUCGACAUAGCCUAUGCCUGCAACACAGUGCCCCAGAUGCUGGUCAACCUCCUGAGCCCAGCCCAGCCCAUCUCCUUUGCUGGCUGCGUGACACAGACCUUUCUCUUCUUGACUUUUGCUCUCACUGAAUGUCUUCUCCUGGUGGCGAUGUCCUAUGAUCGGUACGUGGCCAUCUGCCUGCCCCUUCGGUAUUCUACCAUCAUGAGCUGGAGAGUCUGCGUCACCCUGGCAGUGGCUUCCUGGACUUCAGGACUCCUUCUGGCCCUGGUACAUCUGUUGUUACUCUUACCAUUGCCCUUCUGUGGUCCCCAGCAAGUGAACCACUUUUUCUGUGAAAUUCUAGCUGUUCUCAAACUCGCCUGUGCCGAUACCCACCUUAACAAGGUUAUGGUUUUGGCUGGGGCAGUGUCAGUGCUGGUGGGACCACUGUCCGCAGUUGUGGUCUCCUACAGUCACAUACUGUGGACGGCCCUGAGGAUCCAGUCAGCAGAGGGACGCCAGAAAGCUUUCUCCACCUGCUCCUCCCACCUCUGUGUGGUGGGGCUCUUUUAUGGCACAGCCAUGAUCAUGUAUGUUGGACCCCAACAUGGGGACCCCCAGGAGCAGAAGAAAUACCUCCUCCUGUUUCACAGCCUCUUCAAUCCCAUGCUGAAUCCCCUGAUCUACAGUCUGAGGAACAGGGAAGUCAACGCUGCUCUGAGAAGGAGGCUGGGAAAGGGGAGACCUUCAUGAGAGCCUCACAGAUAGAAAGUAACUGAGCUUACAGGGACCUGAGAAGUCACCCCACUGAUACUCAGGAUACAUAGACAAGCCCUAGGCUGAGGGCAUCCCUUUCAUGUUUUUGAACCUUUCCUGUUACUACCUCCCGAGAAAGCCCAUUCUGGUCCCUCCCUCCGAGGAUGCUGCAUAAGAAAAUAAGCCCCUCUUCCAGCUCUCUGGUUGGUACGUGCACUUGUAAUAUGUUCAUGAGGCAUAUUCCAAAUAGGGGA